AUGGAAGCAAAGACUCUUGGAAUUGCAACACCCAGGGAACCUGUCUUAUCUGUCAGUGCAAGGAAAAUUAAGGACAAUGCAGCUGAUAGGCAUAACUUAAUCCUGAAGUGGGAAAGCCUCAAUGAUGCCAGUUUUACCACCGCGAGCAAUAUUGCCAACUUGAAAGUCAGCUUAUUGAGUAAAGAGAAGGUUGAAUUAGAGAGCAGCAGCCCAGCUUCCAGUGAAAAGGGAGAGAAGGCGAAUCUGGAAUAUGACAAGGAACUUGAAGCGCUAUGUGAGAAGCUGCAGGUCACCUUGGAUGGCUUGACUAAAAUACAAAUGAAAAUGGAAAAGCUGUCUUCAACCACCAAGGGAAUUUUUGAACUAGAAAAUUACCAUUACAGGGAAGAAAGUAACCGGUUUCUUCUGUUUCACACAUGGCCCACGGCCUUCUUUUAUGAGAUCUUCCACCGGCUCUCCAGUGCAUACAAGAAGGAGCUCCUCCUGAAGCACACCAUUGGUGCUGAGCUGGCCCACACUGCUGACUGCAACCUCAUCCUGACCUACCUGUCCAUGUGGCUCCACCAGCCGUACAUAGAGAGUGGCAGCAAGCUGCAGCUGGAGAGCAUGCUCCUGGAAACAGGUCACCAGGCCCUGUAA